ACAGUGGAGGUGCUGCUGCUGAGAAUAUUGUAAUAGACCUGACAGGUCCUGAUGUGGGCUGAUCAUUAGCAGAUCCAAAAACUUUGUCCACCACAAUUAAAUUAGAAUUAAAGAGAGCAGCGAAAAGAUCAAACCAGUAAGGACGCGUGCUUUCCAGAGGCUGUUCUCUUGAUGCUUCCAAUUAAAACGCAUCCGAGCGUGAGGGACUAUCCGUGCUCUUGUUUCAACCAUGACAUUAGAUUUUUCGUCCUUCUCCAUCAAAGCCAUCCUCAGCGGACGUAACUCUCGGGGAACGCUCGGGACCGGGAGCGCAGAGGAGCAGUGCGGAGCAAAGCGCAACAUCUGCAGCGCGCAAAAUGGCACCAGAGUCCCAGAUCUGUGUCGCCAAGACGCUGAGGAGAGCCGCAUCCUGCCGGGGAGACUUCCUCCUGAACUCAGGCUGCCUCCUGGAAACCUCCGAGCUGAGACCGACAGGGAAGAGACCACGGGAGAGGAAAGUGAGCUCACAGAAGGCUUUACGCGCCAGCAGCCCUGCUCCGUGGACCCGGAGGAGCGGUGCAGUGAAGAGGCGGAGGCAGAAGAGGAGGGAUGUCACCACAGCGAGGCGAUGGUCAGCAGUUCAUCCGACGAGCGGCAGUGCCGGCCCGGCACAAAGAAGCGCUCCAGGGCGGCCUUCUCUCACGCACAGGUUUUCGAGCUCGAGCGGCGAUUCAACGCGCAGCGGUACCUCUCCGGUCCCGAGCGGGGCGACCUGGCUUCGGCUCUGAGACUCACUGAGACCCAGGUGAAAAUCUGGUUCCAGAACCGGAGAUAUAAAACCAAACGGCGCCAGAUGGCGGCCGAACUGGCGGCGUGCAGCUCACCAAAGAAUGUGGCUGUGAAAGUGCUGAUGAGGCACAAUCUUAACCAGUACCACCAUGUGAAUGGAGUACACAUCCCAGUGACUGUGCCACUGUACCAGGCCCACCAGUACUACCCCUACCUGCAGUACUACAGCCAGCCCUGGAGCAUGAACAGCUUGUCCUGUAGGGGGAUGAUGAUCUGAGACUUGCUCUUUACUUGGACUUCAACAUGCAUCGCUUCAAAUCUAAGACUUCUGACUUUUUAGUAGCUGUGGGCAGCUUUUCUUCAGUUAAUACAGGGUGCAACACUUGGGAGGUUUUUGAUCAAAUAAUAUUUUUCUUCAAACUUUUUUUCUCCCGAAAUAUAAAUGAUUUUCAAUCAUGAUUAAUGUUUGUCUUAUACCUCUAUGUAACCAUGUUCUUUUAAAGCAAAACAUAACCAGAUAUUCGUCAAGCAUUCAGGAUUUAUAGAAUGUUUCUCUUUAAAGUCUAGAGAUACUGAGAGAGACCAAACGUUUUUAUAAUCUGGACAUUAUAAACAUAGCUCGUAUGGCAGACUUUACCCUGCUGGGAACAAGCCAUGUUCCAAAGCUAUUUUGAAACUGUCAAUUAGAUUAUAUCUGCAUGAGGAAAUCUCUGAAUUUUACACCAAGAUUUAAGUGUUUUCAUGAGUUUUAAAAGUUCCAACUUUCUUUCUGUCUGAUCUGGUGGGGGUGUCAGAAAGGCAAAGACCAGGCUUCAUAGGUCUUUCUGUUAAUAAGUGUAGGGCAGCCAGACAUUGCUGGAAGACUAGAGUUUUGAUCACCUCACAAUCAUGGCAGCAUUCCCCCAAAAAUGCUUUAAAUAAAAUACAAACUAUAAAAGAUUGAACUCCGAGAAGAAGAGGGGAUAAUUAUUAAAAUCUAAAUUAUAUCAUACAGUUAAAAUGCACUUGACCAAAUUCAUGCUUGAAUUCGGCAGCACAAUUAAUCUAAAUAGUAAUAUAAUACAGUUGAAAUGCUAUUUCAAUUAUUCAGAAAGUUCAUCAGUAAAUACAGUGAAUCAGGUCACGUUUAAAUCAGCUAUUAAAGUCGCCUCCUGACUUCAUGAGCCCAUCUGACGAUCUGUAAGUUGCUCUUUCCCUCUCCUCCAUCACUGUCACAGACCAUUUUAAGAGACCAGGCCGAGCAGAAAGGAAUCCUGAAUUUAUACAAACCCAACAGGGGAAAGCAGCCUCUCUGGAAGUGUGAGAAGUCUGACGAGGACGGUGACAUUUUUAGUAGGUAUCCAUGUUAUUUAUGGGACGUCUUUAUUGAUCAUUAGUGUCAACGCAACACCUGUGAGAACACACUCUUUACAGGAGGUUUAUGACCAUUCUGGAGAGACGGUGUGUCUAUGUAUUCUUUUCCACACAAUGCUAAAGCAACAGAUUAAGCAGCAACAGGUUGUGCAGAGACAGCAUGAAAAAAUAACUCACUGUGCGCUCUUUCAAAAUGUGUGUGGGUGCAAAGGGACACGUCAUACCAACACUUGCAUGCAAAGAAAAGCACACAACAGCAAACUGAUUUUGGCAUUUACUGGUUUUAUUAGAAAACAAAUUGGCUCCUCCAAAUGAUAUUUAGAAGCAGAACAUUUGUUAUUGUAAAAAAAAAAGAAAAAAAGGAGUGUUUUAUGUGUGUCCUGCAUAGGCCUGUGUGCUGCAUGACUCAUAGAGGGCCAAUAGACCGUGGAGAUGUUGCACCAUGAGUCCAGGGCUGCGCAAGACAGCACACAUUAAUCAUGCCGUGCUGAAAAGACUGCACCCUCAUCCCAAAGUGAUACAAUCAAUAGCGCCACUUGCUGUGAAAAUAAAAACAUUAACGUGA